GUCAUCGCGCGCAACGUCAUUGUGUGUGUGUUGUGUUCUCCUCUGAAAACAAGUGUCCAUGCAAUUAUCCCGAAAUUAUUGGAUUUUUAGCUGGAACCCCGCGCAUCUUAGCACCUAGUUGGCUCAAUUACUUAUUCUAGUCACCUUCAGGCUGAUUGUGGUAGUGAAAAAAGUAGCGUCUGACUUUAGGAAAGCGCAAAGAAAUUUGUGAGAAAAAUUACUCGCAAUACGCCCCAUAGAAAAUAUUGAUUUUUCUUCAAAACUUUUUUGGUGUUAACAUUUAAUAUUUUAAUUCCUUUCCCUGGGGACAAGGCAGGACAAAAGAACAAGUUUUGUUAAUUAUAUCAAGAGUACAGAAGGUGACGGGCAGAAAAAUUCCCAGUCAUGGCAGCAAGGAUGAAGGCUACCAAGUGUCCUACGGACGAGCUUUCGCUCAAGAAUGCAGCAAUUGUUAGUCCUUAUGACUUCUCCGACGACAUCAAGUAUAUUGAAGUGUCAACGGGUCCUGGACAGAGAUUUGUGUUUGCCAUUGAACGACAUCCAGACAUCCCACGCAAUGCAGUUGGCUUUUCCCUGGUUCAACGCAAAUGGGCCACAUUGUCCAUCAAUCAAGAUAUCGAUGUGAAGCCCUUCAGCUUUGACACGCGCAAAAAUGCCGAGUGCAUUGUCAAUGUGGUGCUGGAAGUGGACUUUGUCCAGAAGAAAAUCACCACAACAGAUCCCUAUGAUACAGAUCAGAUGGCCAAGGAUUUCCUCAUGCAAUUUGCUGGAUUGGCACUGACUGUUGGGCAGCCGUUGGUGUUUAGUUUCCAGGAUAAGAAACUCCUGGGAUUGGCCGUGAAGACAUUGGAGGCCGUGGAUGUGAAUGCUUACAAGGAUACUGCACAUAUGGAGCCAAAGGCAACAAGAUUCGGCCGUCUGCUGGGCAAUACGGUGGUGACAUUUGAGAAGGCAGAGAAUUCUUCGGUGAAUCUGGUGGGGAAGUCCAAGGGAAAGGUCGUACGACAGUCCAUCAUUAAUCCGGACUGGGAUUUUGGCAAGAUGGGAAUUGGGGGUUUGGACAAGGAAUUCAAUGCCAUCUUCCGGCGAGCCUUUGCAUCGCGUGUCUUCCCGCCGGAACUUGUGGAGCAAUUGGGCUGCAAGCACGUCAAGGGUAUCCUACUGUAUGGACCACCGGGAACUGGAAAGACCCUAAUGGCUCGUCAAAUUGGCAAGAUGCUCAAUGCUCGUGAGCCCAAGAUUGUCAAUGGGCCACAGAUUCUGGACAAGUAUGUGGGUGAAUCCGAAGCCAAUAUUCGCAGGCUGUUUGCCGAAGCUGAAGAGGAAGAGAAGAAAUUGGGACCCAACAGUGGUCUGCAUAUCAUUAUCUUUGACGAAAUCGAUGCCAUUUGCAAGGCUCGUGGCUCAGUGGCGGGAAACAGUGGAGUCCAUGAUACCGUGGUGAAUCAGCUUCUGGCCAAAAUUGACGGUGUGGAGCAGCUCAAUAAUAUCCUGGUGAUCGGUAUGACUAAUCGUCGGGACAUGAUUGACGAGGCACUCAUGCGUCCAGGUCGUCUGGAGGUGCAGAUGGAAAUUGGUCUGCCCAAUGAGGGUGGACGCUUCCAGAUUCUCAAUAUCCACACAAAACGCAUGAGGGACUUCAACAAGAUCAAUCCGGACGUGGACAAUCGUGAAUUGGCCACACUCACCAAAAAUUUCAGUGGAGCCGAGAUUGAAGGUCUCGUGCGAGCUGCUCAGUCCACAGCCAUGAAUAGGCUCAUCAAGGCAGCUACAAAAGUCGAAGUGGAUCCAGAGGCCAUGGAGAAGCUCAUGGUGAAUCGACAGGACUUCCUGCAUGCCCUAGAGAAUGACAUUAAGCCAGCUUUUGGCACUGCAGCCGAAGCUCUGGAGAACUUCCUGUCUCGAGGCAUUAUCAAUUGGGGCACGCCCGUUUCUAGCCUCCUGGAAGACGGAUCUCUGUACAUUCAGCAAGCCAGAGCUCCGGAAAGUCACGGAUUGGUGUCAAUUUUGCUUGAGGGGCCACCCAAUGCAGGAAAAACAGCCCUCGCUGCUCAAUUGGCCAAGAUGUCGGACUUCCCGUUCGUCAAAGUGUGCUCUCCUGAGGACAUGGUCGGAUUCACCGAGUCUGCCAAGUGUCUCCAGAUUCGCAAAAUCUUUGACGAUGCCUAUCGCUCAACUUUGAGCUGCAUUUUGGUUGAUAACAUCGAGCGUCUGUUGGAUUAUGGUCCAAUUGGACCCAGAUAUUCCAAUCUCACGCUCCAGGCACUUCUGGUGCUGCUGAAGAAGCAACCGCCGAAGGGCAGGAAGCUUCUGAUUCUGUGUACGAGCAGCAGGCGCCAGGUGCUCGAGGACAUGGAAAUGGUGUCGGCCUUUACGUCUAUUCUGCAUGUGCCAAAUCUCUCGCAGGUUGAGCAUGUGCUGGCCGUGCUCGAGGAGAGUGAUGUAUUCAACAAACAGGAGCUCAUGUCAAUCAACAAGAAACUCCAUGGACACCGGCUAUUCAUCGGCAUCAAAAAGCUCAAUGGACUAAUCGACAUGAUACGGCAGACGGACCAGGAGUACCGUGUCAUCAAAUUCCUGUCAAAAUUGGAGGAGGAAGGAUGUCUGGAUGUGGGUACUUGUGCACAGUAACUAGGAGUUGAUGAAUAGCAAUUGAAUUUAUCCGUUGUGCAUUUCAAUGAUUUGUUUUGAAGCCAAAUUGGAGGCGGAAGACAUCAAAAUGCAAAGUGGGCUAAAAUGCACAACGAUGGUAGAGAAUCAACACAAACAAAAAAAAAGAAUCCCUUAAUAUCAAUAUCUCUUCUUAAAUGAGAGAGCAUCCGCAGAAUAUUCUAAUAGUGCUUCAAAAAUCCGGGAGACUCAAAAGAUGAAGAUGAAGAAGAUUGCAUAGUUAUUAGAUAAUUUUCGCGCAGGUUUGUUAAUUUAUUUGUAAAGUUGUAAGAUUGAAUAAGAAAAGAAUUUAUUUAUUUUGUACAUUCCAUAUUUUUUUGUUUUAUUUUUUUAUUAAUUGUUUUUUUUUGUCCAACGAUUUGUCUUCCUUUGUUGUCCCCUUAACUCCCGUUUUUUGGACUAUUUUUUUUUGUCCUUAUUUAGCACGAGAAUUUUUGGAGAAACCACCGUCGUUAAACAUUUAUUAAUUUACAAAAUAAAAGUAUUAGAUUUAUCAUAAUUCGUGUAAGAAAAAAAAAGUGAAUUAUUCUUGUAGGUCAAUUACUGACAUUUAAUGCAAAUUGUAAUCGAGUGAUUGGAAUGAGGUUUGUUUAUCUCUUUUUGCAAUACAUUCUAAAUGUAAUUGUUACCAAAAAAAAAUAACAACAAAUAAUUUGAUGUUUGUAAGGUACUAAAAUUUUGUUGAGGCAUGAUGCAAAAAGAAAUAUAGCGUCUUGUAUAAAUUAAUUAAAAAAUAAAUUGUAAAAUUAUAAAUUUUGAAGAAAAAAAAUUGCUAACAUGGCAUUUUAUCUCGCUUCAUGUGAGAGGGGCGCAAAGAAAAGUAAUAAAAAAAAGUCUAGGUCAUAUUGUUAAAAAGUGGUACGAUUUGUGAAAAUUGUUAAAAAUUUUGAAUUCGAGAUUAAAGACAAAAAUAAAUUGUAGUACAAUUGAUAAGUGAAGGAAAAGCAUUACGUAGUUUAUCCGCCCUCUUCUCUCUGUAUAUUUUAUCCUUACACACUCAAAAUUGCAAUUAAGACACGAGUCUAAAUUUAUUCUUCCCUAAAAACUAAAAAAAAAUGUUUUAAGGUGAUGAAAGAAAAGGUAAAAAAUAAAGAAAUGAAUCAGUUGCAAAAA